AUGGACAGCCGGGUACUCGAACAUCCUCAUGCCCCGUUCGGAGGCUCCUUGGGCGGGCUGGUCGGCUUCCCUUAUCCCCUCGGACCCCACCACCACCACCACCACCAUCACCACCCUGUCUACGAGCUCGCCAGCGGCCAUCAGCUGCAGUCCGCGGCCGCUGUCCCCUUCUCUAUAGACGGAUUACUUAACGGCUCCUGCUCGGCCUCGGUCGUCAACUCCAACCCGCUCCUGUCAUCCGACAGUCAACAGUACAAACUCUCAGAUUCUGGGGAGCCGGAUAAGGACAGUCCUGGUUGUAAACGAAGACGCACGCGGACGAAUUUCACCGGGUGGCAACUCGAGGAGCUUGAGAAGGCUUUCAACGAGAGUCACUAUCCGGAUGUGUUCAUGCGGGAGGCGCUCGCCCUCAGGCUUGACCUCGUGGAGUCCAGGGUUCAGGUUUGGUUCCAAAAUCGACGUGCUAAAUGGAGAAAAAAGGAGAACACAAAGAAAGGGCCAGGGCGGCCUGCUCACAACUCCCACCCUACCACAUGCAGCGGUGAGCCCAUGGACCCUGAGGAAAUUGCACGUAGGGAGCAUGAGCGGGCCGAGAAAAAGAAACGGAAACAGGAGAGGAAGCUACUGAAGUCACAGAACAAAGUUCUCCCCAAUGACAACUUUCACACACCCGCAGGUUCAGACAGUGACAGCGGAGUUUCCCAGUUCACUGACAGUGAGCAGCAGUCAUCAAGCAUUAAUGGGACUAUUCAUAUGGAACUGCAGCCAACGAAAGGUGGAGGAGGACACCAAACUGAAUCCAGCUGUGACCAAACGCGACAUGACUUCAGCCCACUUCAACACCACCAAAACCAAAGAACCGCCGGAGAUUCGGAGCGGCUCUCUCCAGGCAGCACGCAAAGCUCUGGUCUUGGGGGUCCAAGGACCUCUGCCCUGCAGAAAAGGAACCCUUUCAGUGUGGAGAGCCUCCUCUCUGACGCCACUCCUAGACGGAAAUCCCAGCUGGACUUCCCCUCACUGCCCAAUCAGAGGACUCUGGUUGGUAAAGGCCACUUCUUGCUUUACCCUAUUACCCAUCAGCCCUUGGGCUUUCUAGUGCCCCAGACAGCUCUGAAGGCCUCACCCUGUCAGGACAACAUUAACAGGCUCAACCUGGGACAGAGGUGUGUGCCAAGUGAAGGAAGCCCUGCUUCCUCUGGCCUCUCCAGCUUUGUCAGUGUCAGUAGGCCUGACUCCAACUCAGAUCACAUGGAGCCUAACAAACACCAUGACCACACACACAUUAGCAAUAGGGUGGACGGAUCAGAGAUGGAGGAGUGUGAUAAUUGUACUAACGGAAGAUUCCAACACAACAGUGUUGUUCAAACAACUGCGGUGAGACUGAGCAGAACCCAGUCCAGUGACAGUGGCGAGGAAAGGAGUUUUAAACUUCAAGUGGAAGCAGCCACUAAUGGCUGCCAAGCUACUGAGCUCUGUGCAAAAGAGACGGGUGCAAGAGAGGAGCCUGCAUCUCCAGACCUCUCUGAGUGUCUCGAGACAAACACAGACUGUCAAGCAACACCCGGAACAGAUGGAGAGGAUGUCGAUAUGGACUAACACUUGCGAGGAGCAAACAUAAACAAAGAAGGACCAGGAACACCGCUCAGACUA